AUGUGUAGCGUCCACUACAACCACUCCCUUGCUGCCAUGAGCGGAAACGACAUGAUGGCGCACUCCCUGACUCUGGAGCAGAAGACGGCAUUUGCCUUCGUGGGGAUGCUACUGGUGUUCCUGGGUCUGCUGAUAGUAAGAUGUUUCAGGAUCCUGCUGGACCCCUACAGCAGUAUGCCUUCCUCCAACUGGGCGGACGGGAUCGAGGGGCUGGAGAAGGGGACGUUCGAGUAUGCCCUUACUUAA